AUGCUGACGCUGCACCCCAGGGUGGUGGCGACGAGUACCGUGGAGCCAAUGGAUCACUGCGAGAGCUUCGCCUUCUACUGCGUCGGGGUGUCCUGCGUCUCGGUGCUGCUCUUCAUCGUGCUGGCCGCCGCGGUGAGCAUCUCCAGGGCCUGCGCCAUGGCGGGCGCCGUCGUGCUCCUGCUAGGGCUCGUCGGCUGGCUCGCACCCACGGGGAACGGAGCCGCCGGUCCCGCGGCGCAGCAGCAACGCCAGGCUGCUGCCGCUCCGGGGGUGCGGCUGGUGGUGCAACACCGGUGUGCGUGCGGGCUAGUGGACGCCGCGAUCGCCGCGCUGCCGACGUUCGCGUACGAGCCAACCGCGGCGGAGAAGGGCGACGACAAGCCGCGCGGCAGUUCCGUGCUGUGCGCGGUUUGCCUGGAGGACAUGCGAGCCGGCGAGAUGGUGCGGCAGCUGCCGGCGUGCCGGCACUUGUUCCACGUCGACUGCAUCGAUGCCUGGCUGCGCGCUCACCGGACGUGCCCGCUCUGCCGCGGCCAGCUCUCCCCGGAGAGCGUCAACACAAAUGCGGCAGCGGUCGCGGAGCCAUCGGUCGAUGCGUUGCCGCCGGUUUGA